AAUGUCGCGUUGCGCAUCGAUGACGAGUCCGCUCGCUGGAAAAUCUUAUUGAUCGUUUUCCAGCCCACUUUAUUUCGGUUUCGUCGCCAGUAAAGUCCGUUCGCCGGCGGAUGCGGCGGACCUAGAUAAAUUGGUUUUAAUUUCGUUUAUUUGUGAUAAGAAAACCCUUAAACAUGGGGUCGUUAUUUCGAAGUGAGGAAAUGACUCUGUGUCAACUAUUUCUGCAGAGUGAAGCAGCCUAUGCAUGCGUGUCUGAACUUGGUGAACUGGGGCUUGUUCAGUUCCGCGAUUUGAACCCAGACGUGAACGCGUUCCAACGGAAGUUCGUCAAUGAAGUGCGCCGUUGCGAUGAGAUGGAGAGGAAGCUGCGCUACCUGGAGAAGGAGAUCAGGAGAGACGGCAUCCCCAUGCUGGAGAUACCGGGGGAGGUGCCCGAGGCGCCGCAGCCCAGGGAGAUGAUCGACCUUGAGGCUACGUUUGAGAAACUCGAAAAUGAACUCCGGGAAGUCAAUCAGAACGCUGAGGCGUUGAAGAGGAACUACUUGGAACUGACGGAGCUGAAGCACAUACUGAGGAAGACGCAGGUGUUCUUCGACGAGCACGAGGGUGGUGCCAAUACCACUGAGUCAAUGACCCGGGCUCUGAUAUCCGACGAUCCGAACAGACAUAUGGGACAGGUCCAACUAGGUUUUCGGGAUAAACAAGAGUCCUUGGAAUUCCUGCCUUGUUUCGUUGCCGGAGUUAUUCUCCGUGAGAGAAUUCCUGCCUUUGAGCGUAUGCUGUGGCGUGCGUGUCGCGGUAACGUCUUCCUGAGGCAGGCCGAGAUCGACACGCCUCUAGAGGACCCGUCAUCGUCGGACCAGGUGUACAAGUCGGUGUUCAUAAUCUUCUUCCAAGGAGACCAGCUCAAGACCCGCGUGAAGAAGAUCUGUGAAGGUUUCCGCGCCACCUUAUACCCGUGCCCGGAGGCUCCCGCCGACCGUCGGGAAAUGGCCAUGGGGGUUAUGACCAGGAUCGAAGAUCUUAACACGGUGUUGGGUCAGACCCAGGACCACCGUCACCGCGUGUUGGUCGCCGCUGCCAAGAACAUAAAGAACUGGUUCGUGAAGGUGCGCAAGAUUAAGGCCAUCUAUCACACCUUGAACCUGUUCAACCUGGACGUGACCCAGAAGUGUCUCAUCGCCGAGUGCUGGGUCCCCGCCCUGGACAUGGAGACCAUACAGUUGGCCCUACGGAGAGGAACGGAGCGCAGCGGCAGUUCGGUCCCGCCGAUCCUGAACCGCAUGGACACGUCCGAGCCGCCGCCGACCUACAACCGCACUAACAAGUUCACCUCCGCCUUCCAGCACCUCAUAUACGCCUACGGUGUCGCCACCUACCGGGAGGUCAACCCCGCUCCGUACACCAUAAUCACGUUUCCGUUCCUGUUCGCCGUGAUGUUCGGUGACCUGGGUCACGGGGCGCUCAUGGCCGCCUUCGGCUUCUGGAUGUGUUACAAGGAGAAGCCGCUGCAGGCCAAGAGGAUCGACAGCGAGAUCUGGACCAUCUUCUUCGGCGGGCGCUACAUCAUCCUGCUGAUGGGCCUGUUCUCCAUGUACACGGGCAUUAUCUACAACGACAUCUUCUCCAAGAGUCUCAACAUCUUCGGCUCCUCGUGGGUCAACAACUACAACGAGUCCACUCUCCUCACCAACAAGGACCUCCAGCUGAACCCCGACUCCGAGGACUACUUGCAGACGCCCUACCCCUUCGGCAUAGAUCCUGUGUGGCAGCUGGCGGAGGCUAACAAGAUCAUCUUCAUGAACGCCUACAAGAUGAAGAUCUCCAUCAUCAUCGGCGUCUUCCACAUGUUGUUCGGAGUCUGCCUCUCGCUGUGGAACCAUCUGUACUUCAAGCGCCGCAUCUCGAUAUACGUGGAGUUCGUCCCUCAGAUCUUCUUCCUCACGCUGCUGUUCUUCUACAUGGUGCUGCUGAUGUUCAUCAAGUGGACCUCCUACGGCCCGACCCCCGGGCACUUCGGAGACGAGGCCUACGUGAAGACCAGCGGCUUCUGCGCGCCGUCCAUCCUGAUCACGUUCAUCAACAUGAUGCUGUUCAAGACGGACGAGAACACGCGGCCGCAGUGCGACGACACCAUGUACGCCGGACAGAUAGGACUCCAGAAGCUUUUCGUCAUACUGGCCCUGAUGUGCGUGCCUGUGAUGUUGUUCGGGAAGCCGUACUUCAUCAGGAAGGAGCAGAAGUUACGCGCCGCGCAAGGUCACCAGAGCAUCGAAGCGAGCGCUGAGAACGGCACGGCCGGCGGAGCGCCCGUCCCCGCCCACGACCACGGCGACGAGGACAUCACCGAGGUGUUCAUACACCAGGCGAUCCACACCAUCGAGUACGUGCUGGGGAGCGUCUCGCACACGGCGUCCUACCUGCGACUGUGGGCGCUGUCUCUGGCGCACGCUCAGCUGGCCGAGGUCGCCUGGAACAUGUUGCUGAGGAAGGGUCUCAUGUCUCCCAGCUACGAGGGCGGCAUCUUCCUGUACAUCGUGUUCGCGGGCUGGGCCGCCAUCUCCGUCUCCAUCCUGGUGCUGAUGGAGGGCCUGUCCGCCUUCCUGCACACGCUGCGUCUGCAUUGGGUGGAGUUCCAGAGUAAGUUCUACGCGGGCGAGGGUUACCUCUUCAUGCCGUUCUCGUUCGAGAUCAUUCUGGACUCGGCGGGUCAGGCCGAGGAGUAACCGAGCGUGGCGGGUUACAGUCUACACUAUACAGCCGUUAUUGAGUGUUCCAAAUUUAACUGUUAACUAUUAUGGCAGAAUAAACAGAUGCUGGCCGUAUGUAGCCGGUCGAGUAAUGUUACAUGUUCCAAAUUUAAAUAUAUAAAAUGUAAUUCUUAAUGGCUUCACUAUGGCCAUUCGUUAUCGAUGUCUCCGAAGCAGCUUUUUCCUUGUCAUUUCGAUGUCGGCUAUUGUAUGAUGUAUUGUAGAUCAUUGUGUUUAAUUAUUAUAUACUUGGAGUUAAGCGAUGGUAUAUUUUAUAUAUUAUUAUUAUUUUUUUUAACAUUUUUAUAAGUUCAAAUGUACUUAAAGCUGGUUUGUAGGAUUGUUUUUUACCCGAGGCUCUCUCUGUAUACUUACAAAUAGAAAUUACAUUUUAUAGAACAUUAGUUCCCGUAGACAGUGACCGAUGUGUAAUCCUUUUAGAUAAUCGUAGCUUCCGAUGUUCAAAUAAAUAUAUAAUUCUCUUAGCACA